AUGGUCAUAGAUAGUGCAGAAAGCCAAUAUUCCGGGGGAAGUACCCUCCGAGAACCCAAUUUAUACGACAAAUAUCAGACAUUUCCCCGGAGGCCCCCGUUCCCCGUCCCCAGCUCCUCAGCGGGGGGCUUCUCAAUUGCGGGGUCUCGUGGGGGGGGAAUCAAGCUGCUUCAGGAAGCCGACGCCUAUCUCUACCACUUGCAAUUGGCUGCCAAAGAGACUUAUUGUUGUAGGGCGGGUGGCUUCACUCAUAGGGCGCAUAUAACUUGGAGCGUUAUCGGGUAUCUUUGCUUUUAUUGUCUUAUUUGCAAACUACAAACUUGCGUGUAA